GAGGGAGGGAGGGGAGGAAGGAGGGAGGCGGGGAGGGAGAGAAAGAGAAAGAGGCUGAGCCAGAUCUUCAUGCCACUGCAGGCAGCAGCAGCAGCAGCAAAACUUCUGAAGGUUUGCAGAAGACAAUAAGAGAACGACCAAGAAGGCUACUGCAGUCUUGUCAAUUCCAGAAGUCUGGUACCAGGACUGCCACACCAGCUCCCUCAUUGCUCCUGGUGGCUGGGGCAUAUCCCAAUGCAGUUUGCCUGUUGAAUGUGUGGAGAAUAUCCUUCUGAAGACAGCUGUCUCAUUUGUGUUUGAGCACCUGCCACUAUAUCAAUACUCAUCCAUUGGAAUUUACUACUGCCAAUAUGUAUCAUUCUGUGUCUGAAACCAGUCACCCUUUGCAAACAGAGGAACAAGAGAUAGGCAUCGAUCCCUUGCAGAGUUUUUUGAACAAGCCAGGGGAAGGGCUUGGCUUCCUCAUUGAAGGCACAGGAGGAUCAAGUGAAAAUGGAAGCACACCCACCACCUCAGAUUCAGAUGGAACUUUUACCUCUUACAGUAAAGAAUGGGAAGAACUAUUUGUAAACAACAAUUACUUGGCAACUAUACGGCUGAAGGGGAUUAAUGGGCAGCUGAGAAGCAGCAGGUUCCGUAGUGUUUGCUGGAAGUUAUUUCUGGACGUUCUACCGCAAGAUAGAAGUCAAUGGAUUAAAACCACUUCAGACUUAAGAACUUCUUACAAUAAGAUCAAAGAAAUUCACAUUACAAACCCUCGGAAAGCAGGACAGCAAGAUCUGAUAAUCAACAACCCACUCUCUCAGGACGAGGGGAGUCUUUGGAAUAAAUUUUUCCAGGAUAAAGAGCUUCGAGCAAUGAUUGAACAAGAUGUGACAAGAACCUUUCCUGAAAUGCAGUAUUUCCAGCAAGAGAAUGUAAGGAAAAUUCUUACAGAUGUUCUGUUCUGCUACGCCAGAGAAAAUGAGCAGUUGCUUUAUAAACAGGGCAUGCAUGAACUUCUAGCUCCCAUUGUGUUUAUCCUACAUUGUGACCACCAGGCUUUUUCACAUGCCAGUGAAGCUGCACAACCCAGUGAGGAAAUGAAAGUUCUUUUGAAUCCUGAAUAUCUGGAACAUGAUGCCUAUGCAAUGUUCACACGUCUUAUGAAAACAGCAGAACAUUGGUUUUCAACUUUUGAACAUGACAGUCAGAAGGAGAAAGAUGUGAUGAUAACACCUAUGCCCUUUGCAAGGCCACAGGACUUGGGACCAUCUAUUGCUAUUGUAGCAAAAGUAAAUCAAAUUCAGGAUCAUCUGCUGAAGAAACAUGAUAUUGAGCUGUACAUGCAUCUGAACCGACUGGAAAUUGCUCCACAGAUUUAUGGACUGCGAUGGGUAAGGCUCCUGUUUGGACGUGAAUUCCCUCUUCAGGAUCUUCUGGUUGUCUGGGAUGCUCUAUUUGCUGACAGCAUCACCCUGAAUUUAGUUGACUACAUUUUUGUAGCCAUGUUGUUGUAUAUCAGAGAUGCCUUGAUUUCAAGUAAUUAUCAGACCUGUUUGGGACUUCUUAUGCAUUAUCCACCUAUUGGAGAUGUUCACUCCCUUAUCCUAAGAGCACUUUUUCUCCGAGAUCCAAAGCGAAAUCCAAGACCGGUGACUCACCAGUUCCAACAAAAUUUAGAUUAUUACAAAGCACGUGGAGCAGACUUGAUGAACAAAACCCGUGCCAGCGCUAAAACCACCCCUCUGAACAUCAACAAAGUCUCCAACAGCUUAUUGAAUUUUGGCCGAAAGCUCAUUGCUCCAGCCAUGGCUUCAGGUGGGGCAGUAGGCACUCCUGCUGGCGGGAGCAGCUUCCCUCCCUCUUCAAUGCCAAGCAGGAGCACAGUGGAAGCCCCUCAGCACCAGCAGCACCACCAGCAGCACCACCAGCAGCACCACCAGCAGCACCACCACCACCAGUCACAGCAGCAGAGGAUGAUGAAGUCUGAAAGCAUGCCAGUUCAGCUGGGCAAAGGCGAGGCGGGCGAGGCGGCGCCGCCGGGGCCGGCCCAGGCCCAGGCCCAGGCCCAGCAGCAUCCCCCGGCCACCACAGGCCAAAGUUCAAAAAACAUCAGCUCAUCUCCAAGCAUAGAGAGCUUGUCUGGAGGACGUGAAUUUACAGGGUCUCCACCUUUGUCUGCAUCAAAAAAGGAUUCCUUUUUCAGCACCAUCUCCCGCUCACGUUCCCAAAGCAAAACUAUGAACAGAAAAGAGUCGAGGACAUGCUCCACAAUUUUCCCAAGGACUAAGGAGGAGGAAUUAGAGGCCCAGAUUUCAUUCCUACAAGGACAGCUAAACGAUUUGGAAGCCAUGUGCAAAUAUUGUGCAAAGAUGAUGAACACGCAUCUUGGAAAUAUUCAGGAAGUCAUUUUGCAAGAACGCUUGGAAAAAGAAGAUGAAAUUCUGGUUUCCUUGGCUGGUUUGAAGCAGAUCAAGGAUAUCCUGAAAGGUUCAUUGCGUUUCAACCAGAGCCAGCUGGAAGCUGAAGAAAAUGAACAAAUCACAAUUGCUGAUGAUCAUUACUGUUCCAAUAAUCAGAACAAGGGGGCAGGUGAUGUUCUAAAGGCACCUGUCAUGACAAAGCAACAGUUCAUCUCAGGACAACAGGCUAUGACUGAUUCAAGCACUAGUGAGAGCAAGGGUGCUGAUGACUAUAUUCUGGUUUCCAAAGAAGAGGAAAGAAGUAAAAGUACUGCUCCAGAGCUGGUGCAGGUCCCUCAGGCACACAAGGAGGCAGCAGUGAAGCCAGAAGCUCCAUCUCGUUCUUCUUUGAUAUUUUCUGACCCUCUGAUGGGUUCCAUUUCAGCCUCAUCCAGCAACCUGAGCUCCAGCCCUGAUGACAACAGUAGUAAUAACAGCAAAGAUUCUGACUUUGCUAUUGUCAGCCCACUGGACAUCUAAAGAAACAGGUUGGGAGAGUUUGGGAAAUCUGUCAUUACAACUCAGCUCUAAUUUCUGUGAUUCCACAGGCUGGAUAGUUCUUUGGAGUACAAGGACAGAAAAUAGAUAAAGGUAAACCCAUUUCAGCUGCCAAUAGCCUAAAUUAAAAUAAAAAGGCAAACAAACAAAAAAAACCCAUCAAUUUGCUAC